AUGGCUACGAAAGACACGAAACACCAGGUCAUCAUUGUUGGUGGUGGCAUCACGGGACUCACCCUGGCUUUGAUGCUUCAACAUCAAAACGUCGACUACGUAUUACUUGAAGCCUAUGACUCCGUUACCCCCAACGUAGGAGCAAGUAUCGGUCUCUUCCCCAAUGGCCUGCGAAUCCUCGACCAACUCGGGCUCUUUGAAGACAUCCUCGCCAAGGCGCAGCCAGUCGAUUGCAUGAUCGUUAGAGACAGUAACUCGGGAGAACGCAUCAUGACGCGAAGAACCAGGCAACUCAUUACCGAGCGGCACGGCUACCCAAGCAUGUUUAUGGAGCGUUACCAGCUGUUGUGCGUCAUGUACCAGCAUCUCAAGGAAAAACAUCGCGUCUUCUGCAACAAGAAAGUCCGUCGCGUCGAGAGCCUAGAGCAUGGCGCACUGGUACACACCGAAGACGGAUCAGUCUUUGAAGGCCAGAUUGUUGUGGGUGCCGACGGCGUGCGCAGCACGAUUCGUCGUGAGAUGUGGAGGAAUGCGGAUGCCGCUAACGACUCUGCUGCCAUCCCGGCCUGUGACAGGCAGGAUAUCCCGUGUGAGCAUGCCUGUAUCUUCGGUACCGCCAAGCCCACUCCUGGCAUUAAGCCUGGCGAGGUUGUCGGCGCGAGCGGUCAUGGCACGGUGGCUGGCUGUAUGGGAGGGCCAGGAGGCGAGGUGUUCGUCUUCUGGUUCUGGUCGCUGCCCAAGGAGCAGCGGAAGUGCGCGAUCAAUGAUAUCCCGCGGUUUGACGAUGAGGACAAACGCCGCGAGUUCGCACGAGGAGCCGAUUCGUUGGUGGCUGACAACGGCCUGCGCUUCAGCACAGUUGCGGAUAACUUGCUCUACAGCGGCGUGACAGCGUUGCCUCACUAUGUCAUGCGAAAGUGGCAUUAUGGUCGUCUCGUCAUCAUUGGUGACGCUGCGCACAAGUUCAACCCUCUUGUUGGCCAAGGCGGAAACAGCUGUAUCGAAUCGUGCGCCUCGCUUGUUAACGCACUGCAAGAGCAGAGCCUCUUUGGCGCUCAGAGCCAGAAUUCGCCUGCUUGGCCGUUGCCGAGCGUGACGAAAGCUUUUGAAGCCGUCGAAAAUCAGCGUGUCGAUCGCCUAGUUGAAAUGGUUGAGAGUUGUCAGGACGCUAUGCGCAGUUCCGCCUGGGAGUCGUGGCGUCUCCGACUGAUGCACAAGUACAUGCUGCCUUUGUUGCCGCUUGAGAAGUAUGUCGACUACUACAGUAACCAAAUCUCUGGCGGUCUACGCUUGUUGAGCAUCGAUCCGCCCAAGUCCGCUCACAGCUGGCCGUACAAUGACGAAAAGACAAUCGAGGAGAAAUCCCUUACGCUCAAAACAAGUCUCGCGGCUACUAUUCCUGUUGCAGCUUUGACUGCCUUUUUCCUAGCAAGAGUACUGCGCAGCGAGAAUGGAGUGGGCAGUUCAUUGCUCAUGUCACGUAUUAUUGAGAAAGUGUCCAGCUUUAGAAAAUGA